AUCCUCACACAACUAUGACUAUUUGGCACGGGGAGAUGUUGGCAAAACCGGCUGUUGAACAAAAUAAUACAUUCGUGGAACCGUCGAAAUGUGAUUUUGGUCACACAUUAUAUAAGAUUUUCGUUGAGGUAGAUGGUGAUCAAGCCUCUGUAGAUUGUUAUGCUAUGAAACACAAUGGUCCUGAUUCGGGCCCUCGUGUCGAUUAUUUGGGGCAGUGA